ACUUUCUGUUUCUCCAAUUAAUUUCUCCCAUAUUGGGAAUGAUAAAAGGGUAUUUGGAAUGAUUUGCCCAAAACCGAACUCCCAAACGAACCCUUAAGGCUUGAACACUGCAAAUGCAAGAAACCUUGGGACAAGUGCAGGCCUUUUAAUGGGGUGGAAAAGCUUCAGCCCUGCAGGUAUUUGGAAGCAACAGCAUUUCUAAAUUUCUAAUCUUCAUGGAGAAGAACAUCACAACUCAGUUGAUGCUUACAGAAGCUAGAUUGUAAGGAGGGUGUUCCAGAAAACCCAGCAGAAAACCAGGUUUUUCUUGAUCUUUUUGGUGUCAAUUUUCUUUAGGAUUGCUUUGGUAUCUUUCUGCAAAAUUGUGCAUUUAUAGACUGGAUAAUUUUGGUACGUGUCUUCUCUGAAUAAAAGAAAAGAUCCCUUCUGGUUUUAAGCCUCACAGUUUCAUAAUCUCUGGGAAACUUGAAAAAGGGAAAAGAAAAAAGAAGAAAAGAAAAGAUAAACGCCCAGAUGGCUGAUCCUCCAGACAAGAAGGUGCUUAAGGCCACUCAAGAAGAUGAUGGUAACGUUGAUAGGUUGAGUGCACUUCCGGACUGUGUACUGCUCUAUAUCCUCUCACGUUUCUGUUUCUGCACAAAAAGUGCUGCAGCCACCUCAGUAUUGUCCAAAAGAUGGAGAAACCUUUUCGUUUUGCUUCCUGAAAUUGAUCUAUAUUUCUUUGCGGACGAGGAUGUUUCUGACCGUGAUAGACUGUACUCAGAUUUUAUAAAUUUCACAAACAGGGUGAUCCGACAGCGAAAUGAAGCUCCAAUUAGAAGAAUUCGACUCGUUCUGAGCCAUUUUUCGGAAAGGCACCGGAUGCUCUUUGAGUGGCUGUUGAUAUCUGUUGCUGCUGCAUUUUCUUUGUCGAUUAUCCAAGAACUUGAGAUUUUAAUCGUGAUUGAUAGAACAACUAAGCCACUUUCAAUAUCUGUUCCGCCUGAAAUUUUUACCUGUAAAACACUAGUUUCUUUAUCACUAAAACUUGGGGUGUAUUGGACGGUUCCGGAUUUGGUGUGCUUGCCUAAUCUCAAGGUACUUGGCUUGGACAUGUUCAAAUUGGUAGAUGAAGCUUGUAUUGGGAAGUUUCUUCAGGGUUGUCCUUUGCUUGAACAGUUGGAGUUAUCUAUGCGACCUUUCAACCAUGAGCGUGACGCUGACGAACAUAUUGAAGUCAAUUUUUUUAAAAUCUCAAGUCCUGUGUUAAAGAGAGUGAUCCUCUGUUUCCAGGGAGUUGAAUCCGAGUUUACUACUGUUGUUGAGUCCAACAGUCUUGAACACUUGAGUUUCUUACUUGAUGGACAGCAUAAAGUUGCUAUAGAUGCCCCAAAUCUCAGGUCUUUGAAACUUCAUGGCGAUUUACUUGAAGUCGAUAUCAUUCAAAACUUGAUUUCUCUUGACAAUGCAUUACUGGAAAUUGAUUUUCUGUGUCAUAUGAGAACCAGAAGCGCCAUAAUUUCAUGCAGUGAGCGUGCUUUUAAGUUUUUUAGAGGAUUGCAAAAUGUGAAAUCAAUUUCUUUCUCAGAGAGCUUCCUUAUUGCUCUCUAUUUUUCUCAAAGGGUUUUGCCAACAUUCAGAAACUUGAUCAAAUUACAGCUUGAUCCUUUUGAUUGCCCUGCUUUUCCUCGCGAAUGCAUGUCUAGCAUAUUAUCAAGCUUAUUUGAAAGUUCUCCGAACCUUGAAGUGCUUAUCUUCAGUGAAGUGUCCAAGAACUACUUUAGCAAAGAUGAAGAACUUAAUUCUGUUUUCCAUGAGGCUCUUCCACUAGUGUUGGUUGAAUGCCUUAAGGAAAUAGAAAUCGGAAAUUUUAAAGGGGAGGAACAUGAAUUGAAGCUGGUAGAAUUUUUUUUGGAGAGUGGGAAAUCUUUAAAGAAGAUGACUCUCUUUGGUUAUGCUGGUGUGUCUUUAUCGAAAGGUCUAGACAGGAUAUUGUCAUUCAAAAAGUGCUCAGACGAUUGCCAGAUUGUGUCAAAAGAGCAAUGGAACUGGUUAUUUCGCUGAAGCCUACAGAAGGCGCUGAAACUCUCCCUUUAAAUAACUUGAUUAAAUCUUCAACAGUUUCUUGAGUACGUAAAGACGGUGCUUGUGCUUGUACUGCAAAUCAUAUCUGAUGCCACUGUUGAUGCUCUAUUGUGACUGAACUAUUACAAGCUGCUUGAACGGAGAUGGAAAUCACAAGAUGUUGGAUGGAACCAGUGCAAACCAUUCAACAAUUUAGUCAUCUUGCUGGUUAGUAUGGACCCUUGUUGAAGAUCUAUGCUGGAACCAGAACACCUGCGGACACAGAAAGUACGAGUUCAGGACUGUUGAAACUGCUGGAGUAUUUUCAGGAAGUUCAGAUGUGUUCUCGCCAUCAAGAAAGCGAAAUUUCGACAGAUUUUGUACUCUUAUCAGUGGAUUGUUAUGAGGCCUUUUGCAGCUAGCUGUCCUAUCUACUGUAGUCCUCUGUGUUUUGCUCUGGAAAUGCUAGAUAGUUAUAGGGAUGUGAUUAGUACUAGGACCAAAAGGGUACUCCUGACUUGUUGCGAUUAUGUAAACUCUUACGACUGUUUCUGUACGAUGGUUGCUAAAUUUGCUUUUUGCUUCCUAAAGAAUCUUACAACA